UUUUUCCUCAGGGCUUCCCUGGUUUUCCCCGCCGCGCCGCGGGGGCCUCCGCGCGCCUGGAGGGGGGGGGGCGGAAAGCAGCAGAUGUGCCCCGGCGUGCCCGCCGCCGCAGACGCGCUGGGGCCCACCGCCGCCCCGAGGCCCGACGCACGGCUCGAGGGCAUGGCCGCGGCGACAGCCGGGGCCGGUGGGGCCCUGCCCUGCGCGGUCCCCGCGCCUCUCGACGAGGACUACUUCGCACUCGGCGCGGGCGGCGCCGCGCCGGCCGCGGCGUCGGGCGCCUCCCCGCGGGUGGCCGCGCUGCCCCGCGCCGACGCUCACGAGCCCGAGUCGGCCGCGGAGGGGGCCGCGGGCUGCGCCUCGGAGGCGCCUGCGCCGCAGCCGCCAGGGGCCGCCGCGCAGGAGGCCGUCCCUGCCGGCGAGGCGGCGCGGACCUACGGCGGCAGGUUCACGUGGGUCGGCGCGGAGUAUCGGCUCCGGGUCGCCGCAGGGCUCUCGCCGCUGCAGUGCCUCCAGAACAUCGCGACCAACUCGAUCCUCAGCCUGGACAGCCUCUGCUUCUCGGAGGACGGCGGCUUCCACCGGCCGGGCGCGGAGGAGCCCGCCUUCCCGGUCGGGGGCGUGGACCUGCGCUGGCGCUACGACCCCGCCAGCGCCCGCAUCGUCAUAGACUUCUUUAAGCCGCGGGGAGCUGCUGCCCUGGCGCUGGGACGAGCUGCGGCUGUCCCCCGACCUGCGCUUCCCAAGCACCGUGCCGGACCUUUACGGCACAGGCCACGUGGGCAAGCGCACCUUCCGCUUCGCCAUGCUGAGCGCGGCGGCCGAGGAGCCCCCGAGCGCCGCCGCGGGGAAGGGCUGAGGGCCGGCCGCCGCGCGCCCCCCUUGUGCGCCUCGAGGCCCAAAGUCUGGGCCUCGAGGCUGUCUGGAUCGGAGCCCUGCCGAGAAGGCCGCGCGCGCGCACGGCGGCUCCCGUCGGCCACGCUUCUGUCGGCGGCCGCUGUCGGUGUGGGACAACAUUUGCUGUUGGGUACUGUACCCCUUCUUUCCGUGCCCAUCUCGGGCGUCCAAAUAUUCCCGUUUUUUUUUUUGCGCGGCGUGCGGCGCGCGCGUGCCCGAGGGGGCAGGUCGCGCCGCGCCGCCCAGGCGCGGCGGCAGGGGCACAGCGCGGCCACGCGCCGGCCCUACAUCUUCCUCAGGAGGACACUCCGUCCACGUUCCAUAUUCCUCCCCCUCUGA